AUUAAAACUUGCUUAUAAUUGAGUUUCUAGAAAUUUUCUAUGUGUGUGAGUUAAUAAGUUGUAUUCAUUCUAGAAUUCAAUGGCGUGCCUAGUUUUUUAAUAUUGUAAGAGAUGCGUCUACAUGAAGUACACAGUUUUUUGUACUUUAUACUUACGCGCGGGACUCGUGCGGGAUUCACUGUACACUUACGCGCGGGAUUACGCUGCGAAAUUCAAAGAUUGAUAACAAUUGUUGUCGUUUUAUCAUUGUAAAUAAACGUGUCUUUGCCACACUAAACAAAAGAAUUAUCAAAGAAGUGUUGCAUCUUACUUAUUUUUAAAUAAUGUCGAAACGACGACGUGAAACGGAUACGAACGAGCAAUCAUUUCAAGGAGACGACGGUGCUGAUGAAGACACAACAAACCCAGUUGUUUUUGAGAAAUACGCUAAAACAGAUAUUUCCACUGAUGAAACGUUUGUUGAAUGCCAGGAUAACUCGAAGGAAAAUUCCGAGAUUUCAGUUUCAACGGAGCAACUUCUGCAAAUGGCAAAGUUGCAGUCAAAGAAAACUGAAAUCAUUAUGGACACAGAAGAGAAGGCGGAGAAGCCUGAAUUAAAAGCUCAGAAGUCACUGGAUGGAGAUGACAGUGCAAGCGACAGGGGCUCAGUUGCUGAGGAGACAAACAGCCAUCUUUUUCAGGAACUGCUUGAUGUAGUACUUAAAAUGAAGGACAACAAUGGUCGCAUGAUUUGUGAACUGUUUCUAAAACUACCGCCUAGACAACAAUAUCCAGAGUAUUUCAAGGUUAUCAAAGAGCCCAUUGAUCUUAAAAUGAUAUAUUCCAAUAUAAAAAAUAAUAGAUACACCUCGUUGGAUGACCUUGAAAAAGAUUUGAAUCUUCUUGCAAAAAAUGCACAUGCUUUUAAUGAGCCUGGAUCACAAGUUUAUAAGGAUGCGACUGCUAUUAAAAAGAUUGUUGCUGUAAAAAGAUUGGAAAUCGAGCACAUGCUAUCUGGUGCAAAAUCUAGCAAAAGAUUAAGAUCGAAAAGGUCGACGACGAAAAUGUGUCCGACCAUCAGCGCUUUGCUUUCUGAGUCGGACGAUGAGGAUGAAGAAUUAUUAAAUGAUGCCACUCAAUUAAUGGAAGAAGGAGAUGAAAAAGAAGAUGGCAAUGACGAACAAGAUGGUCCGUUUCUUUUGCUUUAUAAUUCCAUUCGUGCAUACGCUGACACCACUGGCCGUGUUUUGAGUGAAGCUUUCAUGAGAUUACCUUCAAAAAGAGCAUAUCCAGAUUAUUAUAAAAUAAUUAAAAAUCCUAUUGGGUUACUAAAAAUUGGAUCCAACGUUAAGAACAAUUAUUAUGAAAGCCUGAACGAUCUUGUUUUGGAAAUACAACAAUGUUUCGAAAAUGCCAAGACUUAUAACGAAACGGAUUCAAUGUUGUAUCAGGAUGCUGUCUUGCUUCAGGAUGUUUUAAAUAAAAAGAAACCAGAGUUUGAGAAAUUGUGUAUUGAAAAAGAUAUUCCUCUUAUAAAGCCUAUGAAAGAAAAACUUCCCCGGAGAAAUGACCCGAUGAACGUCGAAGACGAUGAGGCAAUCGUUGCCAAGGAUACUCCCGGGGGGAAGGGACGAAAAUUUGGUAAAAAACAAUCCGAGAUGGAUCUAUUGAAAAAACGUAUGAAGGAAAUGUAUGACGCGGUUGUUAAUUACCAGGACGAUUCUGGAAGAUUUUUGUCAGAACUAUUUUUAGAUCUUCCUUCAGCAGAAUUGUAUCCUGACUAUUAUAAAAUAAUCUCUGAGCCGACAUGCCUUCAUAUGAUCGAUAAAAACGUACGCGAAGGAAAGUAUCAAACAGAAAAUCAGUUUCUAUUGGAUUUUGAAAUAAUGUUCGAGAAUGCUAAACAUUACAAUGAAGUUAAAUCGCAAGUUCAUCAGGAUGCUUUAACGUUGGAUAAAGUUUUGAAAAAGAAAAGAAAAUCGCUUGGACGACCAGCAUUCAGUUCAGUGGAGAGUUCACCUUUACUCAGCUCAAGUGCAAAACAAUCUAGUACCGCUGCCAAACAAUCGACUCCAACUAAAUCUCGUUACCAUUCCCCCAAAGUGCCACAGGCCAUUACAUCAUCCGAUGUCAAGGAACUUUGCAAAGAACUUUAUAAUUCUGUUAAAGAUUACACAGACAGCACCGGACGUUAUCUUUGUGGAAUAUUUCAAAAACUUCCUCCAAAAGCGGAUUAUCCAGAUUAUUACGCGCUGAUCAAGCGUCCAAUAGACAUGAUGAAAAUCUCCAGUAAAGUUCACGCAGAACAAUAUGGCACUCUCGAAGAAUGUUUCCAAGAUUUUGUACUCAUGUUUGAUAACGCUUGCAAAUACAAUGAUCCCGAUUCUCAAGUCUACAAGGACUCGCUGGUGUUGUUGAGAGAGCUGUUUGCAACAAAACUUGAAUUAGUUGGUGACUACGAGCUUAAUGUUCCUGACGUCACAGAAAUAGUGCAGAAAAUGUUGGAAGAAGUUUAUAACGUUGUGAUAAAUCACAAGGAUGACGAUGGUCGUUGCUAUAGCGAUUCUUUAAUAAAGUUGGCAACAGUCAAACGACAAGAUCAUCCAGAGAAACGCGCUAUUUUAUCCCUGUCUACCAUAGGAAAGCUUGUUCAGAAGCGUUAUUAUAAACGAUUGGAUAAAUUUCAAGAUGAUUUAUUCGCGUUUUUUGAAAAUGCACGAACACAUCGCUUUGACUCUGAGAUUUACGACGAUGCAGUUGAACUUCAGUUGUUUUACGUACAACAACGUGAUCGAUUAUGCAAAGAUGGCGAACGUUUCGUGUCACCGGCUAUCUCACAAACAAAACGACAUCUUCAGCACGAACUUGACGAGGAGAGGAAACGAAAAAUGAGAAGCGAAAUAUCCAAUGUAGUGAAUGUACAUGCUGAAAAGACAAUGAAGGAUGAUUGUAAGCCGUUGUCUGAAGUGAAUGUGAAAGAUAUAGUUGUGACAAUUGGAGAUUUUGUUCAUGUGGAAGCUGCAGGAGAUCGUUUCAUAAUUUCUGUUGAAAAAAUUUGGUCAGACGUUCAAGAACAACAGUGGAUCUAUGGAACAUGGUUUUAUCGACCUAAACAAACUAUGUAUGAAAAAGGACGAAAAUUUAUUGAAAAGGAAGUCUUUCGAAGUGAUAGAAAAUCCGCUGUGCAAGUGGACAAGAUUCUGAGCCAAUGUCAUGUGAUGUAUGUGAGGAAUUAUUCGCGAAGUCGGCCACAUGACUUCGACGAUGACGACGUCUACGUUUGUGAGUGUGCGUAUAACUCGAGUUUACAUCUCUUCAAGAAGAUAAAGUCUUGGCCGGGGGGGCACGGCCAUACAAUGAGAUAUGUCCCUCGUGAUCAACCGUUGCUCCUCACGCGAGCUCCUGUUGAUCCAAUCGAUCCUGGUAUUGUAAUGAAGAACGAUGACGAAGAUUUGAUUACGUCAUUAAUGCAAGUUGUCGACGAGAAAAAGAAUAUACCUGUUGACGUACCCAACAACGAAAAUGCAGUUCAUUUUGAGCAAUUUAUCACGGAGACUGGGUGCUACAAACUUGGCGACACUGUAUUCUGUCUGUGUGAUGAGGGUUAUUCCAUCAUAGCGAGAAUAGACAAAAUCUGGACAGACAGAACGGGAGUGACAUAUUUCUGUGGGUCGUCGUUCAUCCCUCCAGAUGAUACCCAGCAUCUACCCACGCACAUGUUUUAUGACAAGGAAGUGUUUCACAUUGCCAUGGAAGAAGUACACAGAAUGUGUGAUAUUGAGGGAAAAUGCUUCGUGUUGCCAAUCAGGGAAUAUGUCAGAUAUCGAGCAACUGAUGUUCCUGAAGAGGACGUUUUUCUUUGCGAGUCCAGAUAUGAUGAGGACGACGGGGGACAUUAUAGGAAAUUGAAGGGCCUAAAGAGACCGACUUUAUCAACAAAUGUUUACGAGGAAGAAUUCUAUUUCUUUGAAGAACACUUGAAUCCUAAUAAGAGACCUUCGCCCUUACUUGUUAAAAAUUUGAGUGAUUUAAAUCGUGGAGAUCGUAUUGUUUCUCCAUCUUUGUCUGCUGAUGAUUCAGAAAGCGGAAAGUCGGCAAAGAAACGAUCGCGGGCUCAAUCUGGAUUUCUUUUGUACUCUGCGGAAAGACGUGGAGCCUUAAGAAAGCAAUACCCUGAUUACGGCUUCGGAGAUAUCAGUAGACUCGUUGGAACAGAGUGGAAGAACCUUAGCCCCAUGAAGAAAGAAGAAUGGGAAUCGCGUAGUAUCAACAACUCUAUAACUCGAUCUCAGUCUUCCAUCACUACUUCUUCACCUGCCGCGUCCAUCUAUCCCGUAAUGGUGUACGAAUGUCUCUGGGAAGGAUGUGAUUAUCAAUAUGAAGAUCUUAACGAGCUAAUGAUACAUCUCCUGGAAAGCGGAGGUCAUUUAGUCAAGUUGGAAGAUGGCACAUGUCCGUGUAAAUGGCGUGGCUGUGAAAAUGUGAAGAGAGGAAUGAGACCGUUCAACACUUUGACGAAACUCAUAAGACAUUGUCGUGAAGUACAUUUGAAAGCUCCCCCGAGGCGCGUGGAACUCCACGAACGUAGCAAGAAUUACUUUCCAAGAAAUCAGGCUGCCGUACAGCCCGAACAUCUCCCUCCUGAACCCGUAUCGAAAAAUCAGAAUGUGGUAACCGCUGCUACCAACCAGCAAGCUUUUAUUGGUGUCGUACCCUCACCAACGCCCAGUCAAGUUAUGGCGACUGGUGUAGUUGGUAUGAGCCCAGUAUUAUUAGAUCAACAAUUUGCCAACGUUUUGAGAAUGCCAGCACCUGUUAUCCCACAAAAUAUGAUGAAUGUAUCCAAUUCCGGUCAAGAAAGUCAAUUGGGAACACCUCAAAACAUUCCCAUCAGACCCACGGCUAUGAUCAGCGGUGCGGCUCAUGGUAAUCAAUUUGCACAGAUGUCUUCAUUGGCUUCAACAAGUAUGAUUCAACAACAGUUCGUGAACACGAUACAACCAUAUCCACAAGUAUAUCAGCAACAAGAUCCCUUAUUGACGCCUUUCACCUCAAAUAUCCCGUCGACUCUGUCUCCACAACAAAUUCAAUUGUCACAACAAAGAACUCAAGUUCCCGCACAGAAUUCAUCAUUUUCAAUGCAGAAAUCGCAACCUUUAGAUACGCAAACGACAGAGGAACAAAUGGCCCCAUUGUUUCAUAAUCCUCCACCUCGACAGCAAAAGCUUCGUCAUUCUGAUGCAUAUCUCAGAUAUAUUGAAGGUCUGCGUGAUGGAACGCCACAUUUGAGCAACUGGAACCCGAACAAACCCGAUGUAUCCAGGCUUACUCCCCAACAACAAUCGCAACUGCCAGCUCAAUGGCUGGGAUCUGCUUACUAUCCACAUUCAUCCACUGUGGAUGCCCUGUGGGCCCUCCGUAAGCACAUGUUGAACGACACGCUAAAACUAGCUAAAUUUUCGCAAAAUACGGCUGUCUAAGUAGGCAUUUCAGUGAAUAUGCUAGUUUGGUUUUUUGUAUUAUAGAUUGUUGAAAAACCA